AUGUGGGUUUCAGAAGUCAUCGUCCUGUCGCUCGCUCUUCUAGGUAGAGUCGAUGCAACACCCUUGCAGAAUAACCUUCAUUGCAAAUGUACCGCGAAAGAUGCAUGUUGGCCCGCAAUUGCCGAUUGGGCAUCGUUCAACAAAACACUUGACGGGAAAUUGAUCGCCACAGUGCCACUUGGGAGCCCAUGUCAUGACCCCAGCUACAAUGGCAAGGAAUGCUCGACUUUGGCCGACGAAUGGGAAUUCGCCACCAUUCAUGCAAACAAUCCUUCUUCGAUUAUGAUGCCUGUGUUUCAAAAUGGUACAUGCGACCCUUUCCACCCCCAGUCCGACCCCUGUCAGCUCGGGAACCUUGUUCAGUAUAGUGUCAAUGCGACGACGACGGCCCAUGUGCAGGAGGCAGUACGAUUCGCUGCACGUAACAAUUUGCGACUUGUCAUCAAGAAUACCGGCCAUGAUUUCCUUGGUCGCAGCACGUCUGCUGGUGCCUUAGGUCUUUGGACACACAAUCUCGAUGAGAUAACCGUCUUGAAGGACUUCAGUAGCCCAGACUACAAUGGACCUGCCAUGCGUAUUGGUGCAGGAGUCCAGGCAGCGGCAGCAUACACAGCAGCUCAUGAACAUGGCUACCGAGCGAUGGGCGGCAGCUGUCCGACUGUUGGUUUAGCCGGUGGCUUCACCCAAGGAGGCGGACUCGGUGCUCUCAGCUCGAUUCACGGCCUAGGAGCCGACAAUGUCCUGGAGUGGGAGGUAGUGACUGCCAACGGCAGCCUCGUGCACGCCUCGCCGAACAAAAAUGCCGAUCUCUUUUGGGCUCUGGCUGGAGGCGCUGGAGGCACAUUUGGUGUGGUGGUGUCUAUGACUUCGAAAGUUUUUGUCGAUGCCCCGACCACAGGAGCUUCGUUGGUGUUUGAACUCGAUGCUGCACCCUCUGCAGACGCCUUCUGGGACUCUAUUUCGGUCUUUCACGCCGGUGCUACACCAUUGGUGGAUACGGGUUCAUUUUUGCUUUCACAAAUCACCAACACGACCUUCCAGGUCAUUAUUACAGCCCCGAGUGUGACAGUAUCUACCUUGAACACACAGCUGUCUUAUAUAACCGGCCAUCUGAACAAUACAGGAAUCGCUUACUCCCUCACGGCGCAAACUGAUGCCUCAUACUUUGACUUCUUCUCGCGGUAUUUCGGGCCACUGCCAGAUGGUAUCUACCCAGUCGCCCACUUGGUUGGAAGUCGCCUUCUUCCAAGGGACUUUUUCCAAUCGGUCGACCGCACGAAAGGUUUACAAGAUUUGCUUCGAUCCAUCACUCCAAACCAAACAUACACUAUCGCCGUCGAGCUAUUCAAUGUAAAUCAGACCAGUGUUGCGGAUAGAUCAGUUCACCCGGCCUGGCGCGAUUCCAUUGCGCACUUCCUUGUCUAUUCGACAUGGGACUGGAGUUCAUCAACGGAGAUGGCUGCCCGGUCCGAUCGCCUUACAAACGAAAUCAUCCCUACAGUUGAGGAAUUGACGCCUGGUAGUGGUACAUACCGUAAUGAGGCCAAUUACCGCCAGAAAGACUGGCAAAAAGCAUUCUUCGGAGACCAUUGGGAUCGACUCAACAGUAUUCAGCGAACUUGGGACCCUAAGGGAGUCUUUUAUGCUCCGCUGAGCGUGGGUGCUGACCAGUGGGCGGAGAAAAAUGGGGCUUUAUGUCGGGUUUCCUGA